AUGGAUGAUGAGGAGCGGAAGUUGGAACUUUUGCGUCAUUAUCGGUAUUUUGUCGCUCCCUGGCUAGAUAUCUGCGACCUGAAACAUCCUUUUGGGAUCAUAGUCACUCAAAUGGCGACACGCUCUGAGCAGAUCUUGUCGACGUUGCUGACGCUAUCGGAAGCAUCUAUCCUUCACCAGAAUCACCAACAGCCUAAUGCACUCAAUCGUGGAAGACCUUUACUCAGACCUAUACACCUUAGGUCUGAGCUUGCUUCUGAACUCACGGAGACGGCACUUUUAUCAAUUCUAGAGAGGUUGCAUUUCUUAGUGUCCGACCUUUCUCACGGUUGGAGCACUUUGCAGAAUGACAACCUCUGCUUGCUAGAGCCUCUGCUUGAACAUUCUUUGCUCUUGAACAUCGAAUCAUCUAUUUAUUGGAUGUUUCUCAGACUAGACUUGAGUGUAGCGCUUGCGAAUGACACGGCCCUUCAGAUCCCAAUUCCCUCCGGCCCUGUGCCAAACCUGGAACUGCUGUCACGUACCCAUGAUACUCAUGAAAGAGUCUCGCUUUAUGCACGUGUCCUUCUUUGGCUCUUUGGAAAAGCAUUGAUGGUAUGCCAUGAACAACACAGCCCACGCAACUUUCCUGGUUGCCAUCAGAUCCUGGACAGUUGGCUCCAAGCGUUCGAUGAACUCGACCGGUGGUAUGCUUCACGGCCACAAGAGUUUCGCCCAUUGGUUGAGCUAGAGGGCGAUGACCAUAUCUCAAAUACAGGAAGCGGGUUUCCUCUGGUAGUCUUUGCUAAUGGAGUGGGUGCAUACUGCAACCAGCUCUAUCACACCGCUGCGCUCUUGCUUCUGCAAUGCAAGCCACGCACCGCGCUCCUCAACCCACAGGCUCGAUAUCUCUCUCCUCUCUGGCAUUCUCAGCGAAUUUGCGGCAUUGCACUAAACAAUGACUGCCGUGACUGCUGGGAUCCUUGUCUGGUCGCCUCCUUCCUCGUUUCUGCGCGGACUAUGACACACGAAUCCCAGCAGAAUGCAAUUCUGCAGGGCUUUGAGCGAAUCUACUCAAACACUGGGUGGAAUAUAGGCCAGUAUCUGAGCGAUCUUCAGCAGGACUGGUCGUUUCUGGAUGGCGUCUGACGUGCUUCGCCUGUAGUGUGAUGUACCUGGCAAGAUAUCAUAGACAUGGUGCUCCAUCAUGCAAACGUUAUCGGCAGCCCCAAGCAGAUUCCAAAUCGCGGAUCCGCCAACAUGUU